UCUAUCCAACUCCAUUCACUCGUUCACCAUUGAUUCCUUAAAAAAUUCUCAGAUACCAAUCAAUUACAACCUUUUUUAUCUUUCUUCACAGCAAACAUGAAGCUCUCCGCCCUCAUCAUCCUCGCCAGCCCCCUUCUCGCUUUCGCAGCACCCGCCAACACUGCUGUAGCCAACGAUGUUGCCAUUGCCCGCGACGACCGCUGCGAAAUCGACGCCUGGAGAGAUUCAAACUGGAGCAAAGGCGGUCUCCAGCGUUACCGCGUCAAGUUCAGAACCAAGGGCGUCGACGCCAAAAAGGCCUGCGACUACUACAAGUGCCAUGGAAUGAGUUGGCGACAGUGCUGGGUCGACGAAAACGGCGAUGCUAUCGCCGACGGCAACUAUGCCAAGGGCCCUGGCGGGUUGACAGCUCACAAGAGCUGUAUGAAGUUCGCCAAACAGGCUUUCGCUGCGCAGAAUUCUUGCCACUGCGUUGGAGAUUUCUGCAAGGGUGCUACCAAGUUUGAUUGA